AUGCCGCUGGUCGUCAAUAAUGAUCACGUGUCCGGUUCGCACGCGGGUGUGCCGGAAGACAAGGAACAGCCACGAGUGAACUUUCGCCCUCCCGUCUCCUUGUCUACCUGGAUAGCAGUGUGGAUUGCACGAUUUGGCGUGCACUCCACAGUCACCACUGACCGUGGUUCCCAGUUAGAGGCGCACCUCUUCGCUGCAUUACUUGCACUUCUCGGUACGACUCGCAUCCGGACCACAUCCUAUCGUCCGUCCGCUAAUGGGUUGGUGGAGGGCUUCCACCGCCAGCUCAAGGCUGCCAUCAUGGCGCACGAGACCCUAAACCACUGGGCUACCGUUCUGCCUGUUGUCCUGCUCGGCAUACGUGGCACGCUUAAGCCAGACAUCGCGUGCAGUCCUGCUGAGUUGGUCUACGACACAACUCUGAGGCUUCCAGCAGGUUUCUUUGAGCCGUCCACCGCUCCUGCCACCGACCCCAGAAGUUUGCUGCAUGACCUCCAUCAAACAUUCGCUGGGCUACGGCGUACUCCAACACGGGCUAGCUCCUCCCGAAUGCCCUACGUUCUGCAGCAACUGGCCACCGCCAUGCACGUUUUCCUCCACAGCGGCGCAGUCCGAAAGUCGCUGCAGCAGCAGCCUUAUUCUGGCCCUCAUCCUGUGUUACGCCGCGGUGACAAGUUUUACGCCAUCUCUAUCAACGGCAAGCCCGACAACGUCAGCGUUGACAGGCUGAAGCCCGCCUUUACAGAGCUCUCUCGCCUUGAAGCUGCUUUGCUCUUCACCGCACAUCCGGAGCCAUCCCCUUCAGCAUACCCAAGCCAUACAGUGUCCAACGUAAUGACCUUAGAGCCGCCUUGGAAAGACUGGACCACCGUCCUCUAG